AUGCCAAUAUCCAGGUUGCCGAGUAGUUCUGGCGGAACGGACGAUGGUAGCAGUCCGCUUAUGGGCGGUAUUAGUCCGCUUGGUACCAGUUCACCUCUGUCCAGUCACCGUCCUGCGCAGCAGCCACGUCGCAGUCCCCGCUCUCCGCUGGCACCAUCAACGCCGGGUCAGUCAACGCCAAACAGGUCCGACCUAUCACCCGCAGAUACCGACACAUUGUUAUAG